AUGGGAGGAGGGGGGAAGCGUCACGCCUGCAAUCAAUGCACCAUGACAUUCUCAGACUCUGGCUCCCUUGAGGCCCACAAGCAGACACACAAAACAGGUAGAGUCUCAGGGUCAGGAUCUGGGCCUCCGUACUCCUGCACCAAGUGUGGUAAGUCCUUCACCCAGGCUUGCAACCUCAAGGUCCACCAGCGGGUCCACCAGGCAGAGGGACUCCACCUCUGCAGCCACUGCUCCAAGGGCUUCACCUCCUUCUCCGACCUGAAGAGGCACAAGUGCAUUCAGACAACAGACAAGCCCUACUGCUGCUCCAUCUGUGGGAACAAAUUCAGUCGGCUCUGGAACCUCAAGCUGCACCGGCGCGUUCACACACAGGAGAAACCCCACCGCUGCACUAUGUGUGACAAGAGCUUCGCUAGGGCAGACAAUUUGAAGGUGCACCAGCGCACCCACACUGGGGAGAGACCGUACUGCUGCGCUGUGUGUGGACUCAGCUUCAAACAACUAAACCACCUGAAGUGGCACCAGCGCAAACACAGGCUGGAUCUCCUGGCCUGA